CACUGAGGAUGCCCGGGGCGCCCCGGCAGCUUCGGGCAGGAAGGGAGCCGUGGGGCCCUGCCCGAGCGGGCUCGCGCGGGAGCGUCGUUAGGGCCCGGCGCGGACUGGCAGCCGGCGCCCGGACAGGGACGCGGGGCCCGCGGGGCCUCGGGCGGAGUUUGGGCCUGGUCUGUCCGGGCCGGGGCAGCGCGAGUGCGAUCGGGACGUGCGCCGCGGGGGCCGGCGGCCAGCCCAGGCCUGUGCCCCUGCGGCCCCACCCAGGGCCGCGCCGCAAACUCCGCCCUCGGCCGUCACGCGCUGGCUGCCGGGAGGGGCGGCUCGCCCGAGGCCCGGCUCCGGGAGCCCCGCCGAGGACCUUGCUCGCUGGCGGCUUCGCCCUGCUGGGCGCCCAGGCUUCCGUAGGGACGUGUGCCCCGGCCCGCGCGCCGGUGUAGGCUGCCCCGGCCCCCAGCGAACAACAAGGGAAGAUGUCGGAGUACAUCCGGGUCACGGAAGACGAGAAUGACGAGCCCAUCGAGAUACCGUCCGAGGACGACGGCACCGUGCUGCUGUCCACCGUGACGGCCCAGUUCCCCGGCGCCUGCGGGCUGCGCUACCGGAACCCGGUGUCGCAGUGCAUGCGGGGCGUCCGGCUGGUGGAGGGGAUCCUGCACGCCCCCGACGCCGGCUGGGGGAACCUGGUCUACGUCGUCAACUACCCCAAAGGUGGGUCCCUGCCACCUCGCUGGGGGACCCUGGUCUGUGUUGUGGGCUACCCCAGAGGUGGGGCCCUACCACCCCACCCCGCUGGGGGACCCUGGUCUACGUAGUCACCUACCCCAAAGGUGGUUCCCUGCCACCCCGCUGGGGGACCCUGGUCUACGUAGUCACCUACCCCAGAGGUGGGGUCCUACCACUCCACCCUGCU